ACAAAAAACAAAGAAGAAAGACGAAGAAGAAGAAGAAGAAGAAGAAGAAGAAGAAGAAAAAGAAGGAGGAGGAGGAAGUGGAAGUGUUUGAUUGUUUCUAAAUAGUCCAUUUGUGACGGUUCUCAGACAUUUUGGCCUUUAAACUCUCAGGAUUCAAACAAAUCCACAAUGAACCUGGAACGACUGCCCAAUGAGGAGAAGCUCAGCCUAUGCAGAAAAUAUUACUUAGGUGGCUUUGCAUUUCUCCCAUUCCUCUGGCUGGUCAAUGUUGUUUGGUUUUUUCGGGAGGCCUUUGUAAAGCCAACCUACACUGAACAGCUCCAGAUAAAAACUUAUGUGAAGCGCUCAGCACUGGGGUUGCUGUUAUGGGUUGCAGUACUCACCACAUGGAUUACUAUUUUCCAGCACUUCAGAGCAGAGUGGGGGGAGGUGGGAGAUUACCUCUCCUUUACAAUUCCACUGGGCAUUCCUUGAGACAUUUUUUGAUGACAGGUCUUUUGAAAAUAACUAAUGAUCCACAAUAAUGGACCAAAGAAUUUUCCUUCUUUAACUACAGUGAAAUACUUUGGUGUUUUGUUUGGUCUCUGGAGCUAAAUUCAAUGGCUGAAAAACAUUACAGAGUAAUCAAAAAGAUAAUGUCUUAAAAAGAUAAAUGCUGCAGGUAUGAAAAUUCAUGUUUUUUGUGCUUGCUAAGGCAUUUAAAAAAGUUCUUUGGUUUAGAGUAGGCUAAUUAAUCUUGUAUAGCAGACAAUGUUAACUGUCAAGGACAGUAUCAAACAGUAUCUAAUGAUGAAGCUGGAUAUGCAUUCAGGUUUGUUCAGGACAUUGAACAAUAGAUUCAACAAAGUUUUUUUUUUCUUGACUUAAAAAUGUUUAUUGUUUAUGUGUGAUUGCACACCCAAAACAAUUUUUACUUGUGUAUGAAUGACGAAUAAAAAAAUAUCCAUAACGCUU